CUUCUGGAGCUCCCGUAGCUGAUCCCCUUUGCCCUCACACUCACAGCAUGGAUCCCUUCCACAACUUUAUCGCGGUGUCUUAGUGUUGUAUUCGUUGCCUUUGGGAUCAACGGGGUUUCGUGUGGAUUCUGUGAACUCGUCCCGAACGCCAUGUUUACCACCACCGGCUCCCGGGGCCUGUACAAGGCUCCCCUGUCCAAAGGCCUCCUGCUGGUUCUGAGCGGGCUGACCGUGAUGCUCGCCCUGCUGCCACAGUACCAGGAGCUGUUUGUGUACGACCUGCAGGCCGUCACGCAGCACCACCGGCUGUGGAGUUUGUUGUUCGGCAGGCUGGUCUGUCUCGACGUGAAGGACUCCUUCUGUAGCGCCCUGCUCAUUUACAACUUCCGGAUCUUUGAAAGGCGCUUUGGCAGCAGGAAGUUUGCCUCCUUCUUGUUGGCCACGUGGUGUCUCUCCGCGCUGACGGACUUCCUGCUGGCCCGGGCUUUCCGCUCUCUGUUCGACUACGAGGUGGAGGAACUGCCUGCAGGCCUGCUGGCUCCGGUCUUCGCUCUGUUUGUGCCUUUCUACCGGUUGAUCCCCAGGGUCCCAGUCACUCAGGUCCUGGGCCAAAUCCACAUCACCAACAAGUCUCUGGUCUACAUAGUGGGCCUGCAGCUGUUGACUUCCAGUCCCUUCAUGUGGCUCCUCGCACUCAGCGGACUGAUCGCAGGUGGCCUUUACCACUCCAAUGUCCUCUGGAUGCAGAAGCUCAUCUUUGUACCUGCCUGCGUGUCUUUUAUUGGACGGAAUAUUCUGGAGCCGAUCUUCUCGAGCGCCCAGCCGAGCGGUGAGGCGCCGCUGGGUAUGGGGGCCACUCUGGACAUCCAGAGGCAGCAGAGGAUGGACGUGCUGGACCAGCAGCUGCUGCUGGCCCAGUACAACGAGUCCACGAGGAACAACAGGCCACAGCCUCCGUCCGGGUUGUUCGGCUGGACCAGGCUGUUCUCCACCCUGAGACAAAGAGGACAGAACCGUCCCCCAGUGCAGCCCCCUCCCCAGGCUCAGACGCGGCCCACACAGUCCCCUCCGUCGGACCCGUCUCCUGUCGCAGAGGAGCAGUGGGUUGCCCUGUUGGUGGAAAUGGGCUUUUCCAGGAGCGAUGCCCUCGAGGCCCUCAGAGCUUCAAACAACGACAUCAACGCGGCAACUAACUUCCUCCUGCAACACUGA